UAGUUUGAACAUGUUGCUUUUAUAUUUCUUGUAUUAAUUCUGCUUAGUUUCUUACAUUGUUAUGAGUUGAUGAAAUGUUUAAGUGUUCGUUUUGAUUGAAAGUAGUUUAGGUUAUGCUUUUAAAUUUUGCUGCAAUGAUUAGAAAUUAAUUAGGUACUGUUUCUGCACUUUUUCGUUUCCUUUGAGUUUUAGGAUGUAAUAGAUUGUAGUCAUAAGUCUGACUUGGUUUCAUUUUCUUAUUUUCUUUAAACAGAUUUUAUUUUUAAUUCUUUAUUUUCUUAUGCUAUAUUAAUGGAGACCAAGUUUGUUCUCUUUUAAGCUACUAAAAGACAGUCUAACGAGGCAGUUCUGGAAAUGAAGUCGUCACAUGUUCUCAUUGUUUCCGCUGGUUUAAUUGCUACCACAUUGUCUUUCACGUACUGGUCCAGAGUGAAAGAACAAAUCUGGUCCAGAGUGGCUAAAGAACAAAACAACAAGUCUAGAGUGGUGAAAGAACAAAACAACAACGAGAAGAUCAUUCCUCUAAAGAAAUCCAAAAUGAUAGAAGGCUUCCCUCACUAUGUUGUAAGACAGCUGGGAUUUGAAGAUCCUGUAAAAGUUCCAUUCUUGUGCCUACUACUUCAACAGUAUUUGAAAAAAUCUGAAGGAUACGAUGAGAGAAUGUAUGAGUAUAUUUUCAAUGGCAACAUAGAUAACGUAGAUCAUCUGUAUACAAAGCUGGAGCAUGAAUUCGAGAGAUGUAUUCUGAGUUAUUUUUCCUUCUACUGGGAUGAAGUUGCAACUGUCGUUAAUAAAGCUAUAAACCCGGAGUCUUCCUCGACGACGACAAAGCUAAGAGAAAUAGCAUUGACAGCUACAAGAGAAGAAAGAUUCAAAAGAUUAUCAAAGGAGUUGAAAAUGACCAGAAUAUUUUCAACGUUGAUAGAAGAAAUGAAAGCACUGCAUGGUCAAGAAAUGAUACCGGUAAACAGAAGUCCUGUACUCCUCUUAAUGGGAGGAGGCAUGGGUGCGGGAAAAAGCACCAUUCGUGAUGCAAUUCUUAAAGAAGCAUUUUGGUUACAAGUAGCUACGAAUCAUGUGAUUGUUGAAGCAGAUGCCUUUAAACACGCAGAUGAAGUAUAUAAGACCCUUAAUACAGCAGACCGACCUUUUGAUUAUAUGGAACAGCUAAAAAUUUCUGAAUCGGUACAUGAGAAUUCCACUCGUGCUGCAGAAUCCCUCCUCGUGACUGCAUUAAAUGAAGGUCGAGAUGUAAUUAUGGAUGGUACCAUGUCAUGGGAACCAUUUGUACGACAGACCAUUGCAAUGGCCAGAAAUGUUCAUAGAUGCAGAUAUAGAAUUGGAAGAGGCUAUCACACAAAUGAUGAUGGGACGGCUGAUGAGAAAUAUUGGGAAGAGAUUACAGAUGAACAGGGGGAAACUUCUACCGGGAAAACAAGCACUCGACAACCUUAUAGGAUUGAGUUAGUGGGUGCGGUUUGUGACAGUUACAUUGCAAUUGUUAGAGCCAUCAGGAGAGUUGUUGUAACAGGAAGAGCAGUCAGGGUGAGUGCACAACUAAAAUCUCACCAAAAUUUUGCCCGUGCAUUUCCAGACUACUGUGAGCUUGUAGAUAAUGCUAGACUUUAUUUUACAAAUGCGAUUGAUCAUCCACCAAAGCUAAUAGGUUGGAAAGAUGGUGGUGAAGAUUUACUGGUGCAUCCUCAACAUUUUAAAUGCAUGGAGAGGAUAGCCAAUUUAAAUGUUGAAGCGAAUUGCAUUUAUAAUCUCUACAAGGAAUCAAACAUCAUCAUGGAACCCGGUUCCAUUUGGCAAGAAAUGAUUUUAGCACCCUCAAGAAUAGAAGACCAAAAAGAAUUGAAGGAGGCUAUUGAGAAAUCAGAAAAUCAUGAGUGUUUGUUAUCAGAGGAGUAAUAAUCGUCCUUAUCUUUUAAGAGAUAGUUUUGUCCUUUCUAUAGGUUGUCCGAUGUUAUGCAUUUCAGCCUGAGGUUUUGGUGGUCCAAAUUACCCUUCUUUGAUCCUAUUAUUACUUAGAGAGCACAAUAUUGACUUGAGCAAAAAUGUCACAAUCAUUUUCUUUCUUUGUCAUGGACAAAUUUCCAGUUGUUUUAAAUGAAUGGUAGAUAGAGGAGUUAUA